GUGAUACAAAGAACUCACGAUCAUUGAAACAAUAUCGGAGUGGUCAGCCACGUGGGCGAACAUAAUUUCUGAGGUCGUCCGAAAACGGAAGCACUCUCCAAGAAUGUCUUUACUUCGCCACUCCGUCGCUCGUUUGCAUGUAAACGCGCCUCGAAUACCCGUCACCAAUCCCAACCGACUCGCAUUGAACCUCUUCCUAAGCCAAGUCCGACAUUAUGCCAAGAAGAACAAACGAGAUCUCGACGUUGAAGAUGUAAAAGGCAAGAGCAAACAAAACAUCGCCACCGAUACCCUCGUUCCAGGUUCUCAGCGUAUACUGGCCGAUCCGAACUAUGUACAAUGCGAAGAAAAGAUGAAAGGAGCUUCUGAAAAGUUUCGGAAGGACGUGGCAGCGUUUGAGACCCGUGCAAGCGGUCGUAUCACUCCCGCCGUGCUGGCACCCGUAAGGGUUAUGCUGCCUGACAACAAAGGGCCUGAUGGUAAAGGCGUCCAUCUAGAGGAACUCGCUACUGUCGGCGUUAGGGAUGGGACAACACUGUUAGUGACUGCCUUUGAGGAACGCACUCUGAAAUACAUUGAACAAGGCAUUUAUGACGCGAGGAUAUCUGGUGUUAUUCCACAGUCAUCUGAUAGUCGUACAAUCAAGAUCCCAAUGGCCAAACCGACGGUCGAGACUCGACAGGCUUUCUAUGCAACUGCUUCCAAGCAGGCGGAAGAGUUCCGUGUGCAAAUACGGAAACACCAUCAAGCGUUCUUGAAGAAAGGGGCCUACGGAAAGCGUGCGCCUGAGGUAACUGAUGUACGUAUUCACAUUCCCUUUUCGUUGAAACGGUAUCAUUCCAACGAGACGCGGAUUCCAGUUCCAGAAACUUGCGGACAAAUAUAUCAAGACGAUAGACCAGACACUGGCUGAUUUUAAGAAGGUUACGGGCGCAAAAUGAUCUAGAUGUAGUUAUAAUACAGCAUGUUCUAUAUGUCUAUCCACCCGGAUCCUACUCAUCAACGCUAGCCGAAGCGACUACUGAGCUUGUCGUAUAUCAAGAAAAUGAGCGCACUGCUCGGUACUGCUCUGGCAACAGUGACACCACACCCAGCGUAUAACCCCUUCAGUCCCUGCGCCUUGUACAUCGCCCUAAAUAUCGCUAUAAAUGACGGUGCAGCUUGUCCUGCUGCACGAGGUCUCAACUCCGCCUCGGUCUGCAUUGCACUUUUCACGGUAUCAGCAGGGAAGAGCGCGACAUUGUACGCCACGCCAGCGCAAGCACCUGAAACGGCUGAUUCCCAGCCCCUCAGUUCUGGUUUUUUCUUUGGGGCUGUCUCGUUUUGUGGUGCAUCGCCUGAGAAUUCAGUAUUUUGACGACGCGAAAGAAGCAAACGAGCGACGGCUUCUUUGGAAACGAACCAAGCUGCUCCACCACCUGUCUCUCGAAUGAGGGUACCUGUGUGUCCGAGCCACAGACCUCGGAAACCAGUCUCUCGAACGACAGAGGUAAGGACUGCGAUGGGUCCUGGGAGCUUGCUAAACGAAGGCGAGGGAUGAUGUGAGGCUGUUGCUACGCCUGCUACUGUUGACGGCUCGACGGUCACAGCGGGAGACAUCAGCAUCUGAACUUGCAUUUUACAUUUUACAAGCUCUAUUGGAGUCCUAGAACAUUGCAACCUAGUUGAAGAUGGGACCGCAAGAAGAGAACAUGAUACUCACAAGAAGAAACUCGUGAUAGCGCCUGCCCCGGC